AUGGCUAUUAGUACACCUAUGGUGUCUCAAGUCCCUUCUCAUGGGAAAGAUCUCUGUUUCGUCUACAGUUUAAUUACCGUGUUGAACCGUUCCUUGCCAUACCCGACGAUAACAGAAGUUAGAUAUGAAUCGUUAGAUAAACAACCUUUUCCUGCAAUGACCAUCUGCAGCACAGAAGAUUUUAACAGAUCUGAAGCAUGUGUGUAUAGCGACUUUGUCUGUCCCGAUCUGUCUCCCGACGAUCUGCAAACUGUGGCCAAAAUUGAAUUUCUGAGGCGACAAGCUAUAAUAUUGGCCGAAGACAUCCAUCUAGAAGAAUUUGGAUUUCUGUUCAAGAAUAUGAUAAAAUUUUGUAAAUUGGGCGUUCAAGUCAAAUGCAGUUUUCAGAAAUAUUACCACCCGGUGCAUGGUUUAUGUUACAUCUUCAAUAGUCACUGGGAAGAAAGAAAUUAUGUUGGAAACAUUUCACACGGAGAAAAGGAGAGUGAAACAAUUAUUGGUAAGAUCGAUAAGUGGAUACAUAAAUAUAUAUGUACCGACUGA